UUAUAAAUUGGUAUGCCAGUCAGUUGGUCGGCACCGAGACCGCGACCAGGACCAGGACCAGGCACCGGCCACUACUUCACAGAAACCGCGCGCAAAAUUCCAGGCUCACACAUCAUUAAACGAGCAAGAAACUCAGCUCAUCCGGCGAGUCUAUAGAGAGGCAAACAGUCUGAAGUUUAAGUGGUUGGCCAGGCUUUCAGCCAUUACAAUUACUGACAAAAAGCAUCAAGGUAAUAAUAAAAACAAGAGAUACCCUACAGCGAGGGCAACACGAACAGUUAGCAUGAUGCACAAGUGCACAAGUGUGGAUAAUCACAAUUAGUUGGGCUUAACUUUCCUGGCCACCCUCUCUUCCAAAACUGUGCAGGAAUUCUUCAAAAAAAAACAAGAAGAGAGAAAAAUUGCCUCGCAUUGCUUUGAGCGCUGAGACAAAGACACAAAACUCAUGUCAAGACAUUUAGAAUUAUGAUAGAGUUUUGAUGUUGUCAUAAAAAAAUUUAAUUGAAAUACCAAAAAUGGCAAUGAAAACCGCCAGACGCGGCCCAGAUGAAGACGUCAAUGCGGCUGCCACUGCGGCCUGACUUUUAAUGUGUAUAUUUUUGCCUCAGCUGGCCGUUGGUCAGUGCAAGGCACAGACCCAAGUCCCAGACCCAUCUGCAAUGUUAAAGCAAGAUGUCAAAAUGAGCCCACUUAGGCGCGACUUUUGGAAAUCAACUCACGAGGCGGCAAAAAACCGAACUCCUGAAAACUGAUGCGACAAUGAUGAUGAUAAUGAUGUUGACGAUGAUCAUGAUGAUGAGAAGGAUGACGACGACAACGAGUUGUAGACCGCUUGCUGUGCCACAGACCACAGAGUAGUCAACGCGAGUGGUUAACUCUUUAAGGUGUUGCCAAGACAAACAAGUUGCAGAAACUGCGAACAGUGUACAGGAAGACGGCAGGUUCUGGGCCAGAUCUGGUCCACUUCAUGGCUACAUUUCAAUUACUUUGUGGGGCACCCAUUUAAAUGAAAAUGCCACACAUUGCCCCCGGCACAAGCCACACAGCAGCCGCAGGCGCAGCCACAGCCACAGCCGAGCACAGCAGGUAGCGUCUUUCUGCUCCCCGCCCCCUCCGCACAUAUGUGACGACAACAGGCCAGAGGUACGAAGUUACCUGACGCCAAAGAUCUACACAACAUGUCACUAGUCGGCAACUAUAGCACCCAAUUCCUGCACAACUUUCAUCCGCAUCUGCUGCAGACGCUCAACCAUGGAAUGCUGGCGGCGAAUGGAGCAGCUGCCGCUGCCGCCGCAGCCGGAGCUCCUGGCAGCUAUUUUGCGAGCGACCGCUCGCCGCUGGGGAAGCCGUCGGUGCUGUCGAACUUCUCGCUGCCGUCGGCCUUCUCGCCACCCAAAUAUAUUGGCAUAUCCCUGGAUCAGAAUCUAUUCAAUGGCAGCGAAUCAUUUCGCACGGAUUCGGCCAGUCCCACGUGCACAUCACACGAAUCCAUGGAGGGAUCACAGGAUUACGAUGCCGUUGAAAAGGGUGAAAGUCCGCGCAGCAAUAAUUCUCAGGAUCCCAGGGAUUUAAGACAUCUGCACAAUGUGAGCAAAGCGCAUACGGUGGCCUCAUCCUCGACAGCAUCCAGCAGCUCCUCGUCCUCCUGCUCGACCAGCUCGGCCGCUGCAGCGGCCAUUAGCUCGGCGGCAGUCGCCGCAGCGACCAGCAGCGCUGUCGUCUCCAUGGCCAACCAUCUGGCGGCGCAUCAGUCGUCGCCGGGCCACCAUCAUUCGCAUCACCAUGGCCAUCAUGUGGGUGGUGGGCCGCCGCCCACGCAUCACCAUAUGGCGCAUGCACACCCGCAUCCGCUGUCCCAUCAUGCGGCCCAUCAUGCGGCGCUGGCCAGUCUGGCCGGACUGCGUGCGGUGCCGGGUGGUCUGAGCCUCGUCAGCGGCUUGCAGGCAGCGGCGGCUGGUGGCGCCAUACCCGAUCUCUGUCCCGUCUGUGGACUUAAGCUGAGUCCCGAGGAGUGGCACACGCAUUUCCUCACCGAGCUGGAUCGUCUGUACAAGCUGAGCGCCGGAUUCGAGCGUGCCAAUCUGCAGGCAACCUACAUGUUUGCACCGCCAUGUCCAGCCCAGGAGAACGCCAUUCGCACCAGCCACAAUCGUUGGGAGACCUUUCAGCGCAUUCGCAACAAUCGCCAGAACCGGCUCAGGCUGAAGGUUCGCAAACGCAAAUAUGGCGAAAUGUAUAUGAUGGAGAGUCUCUACUGUAGCAGCUGUCCCAUAUGUAAGCGCAAAUAUGCGCUGGAAACGGGAAAAUUGCCGCCAGAGGAGGACCCCAAGAUGCAGGAUGAAAUCGAAACGGUCGAUGUGGAAAGCUGCAACGAUGAUGUGCCGGACUCUGGCUCGGAGCUGAACACCGCAACGGGCGGAUCGGGUGCAGUCCCACCCAAUAUGCCGCCCUCCAGCAUGCACAACACGAACGCACAGCCGGGCAAAUUGGAUGGCAUACUGUAUCGCACGGCCUGUGUGAUUAACCAGAAGGAUGCACAUGCAGAUGAGCAGGACGUGAGCACCAAUGUGUCGGCGGCGAGCAGCAGCAGCGUCAGCUGGUCGGGCGAAACAACAACGCCCAGCACCCAGGCGCACAUCAGCGUGAAAAACGUCAGCGAGCUGUCAUCUACCACGCAUCACUACUACAACGCGGACUCCUGCGGCGUGGGCGUGGCCGAGCAUGGCAACAACAACAACAACAACAACAGCAGCAGCAGCAAGGAGCUAAUGAUGGACACGGCAACGUGUCAAAACGAUAGCGACGAGGAUGUCAUUGUGGAUGACGAUGAAACAGUGAAAAUGACGACCAAGUCGCACAGCUUUAAGCGACGGCUGGAGGAGAAUGUGGGCAGCAGCAGAAGCCUGGAGAAUAUCUCACCCAAUGAGGAGCGUCCGCGUUCCGAGCCACAGGUCAGCAGCACCGAACCUGGACCCAUGGAUAUCUCGCACAACAACAACAACAACAACAACAAUGCGACAACUGCAACCAAAUAUGGCGAGCCCAUGGAGAGCAGCCUGUCGCAGCUAUCGUCUAUGGGCGUGCCGGGAUUAACGCAAUUGGACACAAAGGUGGGAAUUAGUUCGGAUUUAAAACCGGACGAUGAAAACAAAUGUUUCAUUUGUAAGACAGGCAUAAAGGAUCUCAACACGGAUGCGUUUCUGCGCGGUCGCAAUUUCUAUUUCCAUCAAAGCUGCGCCAAUGUCAUGAGCAGCUACAGGCUCAACAAGGAGCUGCUCAGCCAGGCGCAGGCUCAGCGGGAGGCGAACGCGAAUACGGCAACGCCGCGCAGCCUCUCGCCAUCGCCCGCUCAGUCGCCGCAGCAGAGCGCUGCCACCCCGGCCAUGGAGUAGACGGCGAAACGAGCAAUCAAAGCGUGAAUUUAUUACAGUUAAUUAAUUCAAAAUAUUGUGGUAGCUAAUGAAACAAGUUAAGCAAAACGUCAUGUUAAAUUGAGCAUGACAAGCGAUCGCCCAAAAGCGGGCUACAGUUUUUCUCUUCCCUUCUGCGGCGUCGCCUGAAAGCGAGCAACAUUUUUUUGAAUAGUAUUUAUUUAUGUUUUCGCUGUGUAAAUUUGCGUAUCUCAAUUGUUUUCAUAAUCGAAAUUAACAAAUUAAUUUCCAUCUAUCGAAGUUUAGUGCAAUUUUUGCGUUGCCUUUUAGCUGUUUUGUGAGCAGCAUAAUUAUUAUUUUCUUUGUUUUAAAUA